CGAGAAUUCAUUCGCCCACCCGAGUUUAUGGUGGAUGAGAGAGUCCCAUUGUUUAUUCUCAGUCUACCACUCGAACUGAACGGACGCCCACAGCGGAAUGAUGAAAACCGGAAUGAAGACCGCAGCUGUGCUGCUACUUGUUGUGGCCGCGAUAAAUGGGGCGAUUGCCUCCAGCAUUCCCGGUGCCGAUGAGCCCCAUCCAUUUGAGCACGACUCCCUGCACGGCAAACACUUUGAUGGCGGGGAGCACAAUGCCCAGUUCGAUCAUGAGGCCUUCCUGGGUCCGGAUGAGUCCAAAAAGUUUGACAGCCUGACGCCGGAGGAGAGCAAGCGGCGCUUGGGAGUCAUAGUGGAUCGUAUCGAUGAGGACAAAGAUGGCUUCAUUACCCAGUCGGAGCUGAAGAACUGGAUUUCCUACACCCAACGCCGGUACAUCGAUGAGGAUGUUGGCCGGGUGUGGAGGCAGCACAACCCAGAUAACAAUGCCAGCAUCAGUUGGGAAACAUACCGGAAGACGGUUUAUGGUUUCAUGGAUGACCUGGACCAGAAUGAGCUCGAACAGGAGGAGAAUGGUGUUAGCUACAAGAGCCUGUUGAAGCGGGAUCGUAAUCGCUGGGCCGUGGCCGACCAGGAUUUGGACGACAAUCUGACCCGGGAGGAGUUCACCGCCUUUUUGCACCCCGAAGACCAUCCCACCAUGAAGAAUGUGGUACUCAAAGAAACCAUUGAAGACCUGGACAAGGACAAGGAUGGCCAAAUUUCCGUCGACGAGUAUAUCGGUGACAUGUACCGGCCAUCGGAAGAGGAUGAGGAGGAACCGGAGUGGGUGGCCAACGAGCGUGAGGCCUUCACCAAGCACCGCGAUCUGGACAACGACGGAUAUCUCAACGAUGAGGAGGUGAAACAGUGGAUUUCACCCAACGACUUUGAUCACGCCGAAAGCGAGGCAAAGCACCUGAUCUUCGAGGCCGAUGUGGACCAUGAUGACCAGUUGACCAAGGAUGAAAUCCUCGACAAGUACGAUGUCUUCGUCGGAUCCCAGGCCACCGAUUUUGGCGAAGCCCUUGCCCGCCACGACGAGUUCUAAUUGAGCCUGGAUAGAGACCCCGCUCUAUCCUGAGAUUAAGAUUGAUCCUAUGAAUCUCCCACUUCGCAUGCCAAAUAAUUUGUAAAAUUUCCUUAGAUCGUAAGAGAUGAUUGAAAAGUGCAUUAUAAACGGACUUAAAUGCAGGGCUUUUAUGGUCAUUCUGUGACACCCUCGACUAAUUGAUUUGA